AUGCCAUUCAUUCACACCUUUCCUGUUCGGCACCUCCUAUACUGGCUACUCCCUAGCCUCGUUUCAGCCAUAGCUCUCCACAACAUCACACUUCCCCUCCCCCUCGGCACAUCCACCCACAACUCCCCAGGUCUGCUCUGCACACCUACAAAAUGGUCCGAUUUAGCCUCUUUUUACCUCUUCAACUACAUCGCCCAUGCAGCCACGGUACUAACCCGUCCUGGAGAACGUUCUUUCGAUUUCGUAGCGACAGUGUUGGGAUGUUUGCUUUUUCCUGCUCUGGGCCUGUACAGAGGGAUUGAGGCAAUUCUGAGUGGUAGUGUGUUUGCCAAAGACGAUCUGACGAAAGCGGCGAGGAGUGGGGCUUUGUGCAUGCUUGUUAGAAGUCCUGGGUGGACGCCAUCUGGAGGUGAGAUCGUUGGGCAUGUGAUUAUGAGGAAGUGUGAAGUAGGCGAUCAUGAUGGACAUCCCGGGAGUAUACCGCAGCAUGGUUCAGCCCAUAUCGUAACAUACCAAGCGCCAUGGACCUUCUCUCGAUUCGGUAGGCCUAUCGCCGCGCACCGCCAGCUUAUCCACGGAACCUAUGUUAUCCCUCAAGGCUACCAUUUUGCCAUUGUGCCAGGGUCAGCGCAUUUUACCUCCCCCGCCUUACCUUUAGCAUCUAAUCCCGCAGCUCAAACGACAUCUACAUGCACGUCUGCCUGCUCAUCUUCACCGACUGUCUCCAUAUCUUCGACGUAUAAUCUCGUCAAAGCCCUCAUAGCACUCGCGCAAACUGGUUACGCUUCUCUGACUUUGUAUCGGUCCCGAGGUGAUCAGAUUCAGCAAUUCGGCUUUGCUGCUUUUGGUCUCACGGUGGCACCUUACGCCGUCAUGAGCAUUGUGAAUUUGGUCGGCAACCUUUGCCGGCCUGAAUAUGCGAGUUUGUG